AUGGCAGCAGAGGUAGACUCGGCUCUGCCCGCAGAAGACGCAAUCCAUACCGAGAAGGCCCUUGGUACACUUCCUCAUGAGGAGAACCCCCGGUUAGACAAGAUCCUUAACCGGAAGUUUGACCUUCACAUUCUCCCUUGGUUAUUUGGUAUCUGGUCAGUGGAAUCAUAUUCACAUUCUCACAUUCUCACAUUCUCACAUUCUCACAACCCCAGGCUCUUCUCCUUCAUCGACCGCUCCAACAUAGGCAACGCCCGCCUCGCCGGCCUCCCCGAGGACCUCGGCAUCGCCGGCGUCGGCACCCAGUUCAACCUCGCCCUCCUGGUCUUUUACAUCCCCUACAUUCUCGUCGACGUCCCCUCCAACCUCCUCCUCAAAAAGUUCCGCGCGGGCGUCUACCUCCCUUCCCUCAUCACAGCCUGGGGCGUGGUGUGCUUAUCCAUAGGGUUUGUCAAGUCCUAUGCCGGGCUGAUCGUCUGCCGGCUGUUGCUGGGGUUGUUUGAGGGUGGGAUUUUGGGAGGGGUGAUCAUUUACCUGGCCAUGUUUUACAAGAGGCAUGAGAUGCUGUAUCGGAGUGGGCUGUUUUACUGUGCGGCGCCGUUGAGUGGUGCUUUUGGGGGGUUGCUGGCGGGGGCAUUGGGGAAUAUUGAGGUGGGGGGGUAUAAGAGGUGGCCGUGGAUCUUCUUUGUCGAGGGGGCGGCGACGGUGGUGUUUGGGAUCGUUUGCCUCUUCUUCAUGCCUGAUACGCCGGCCGCGUCACGGUUUUUGACAGAAGAAGAACGGGACUGGGCACUGAAGAGGAUGAAGAUCGAUGCGAGCGGCUCUACGGCCCUGGAGACAGUCGAUGAGGAGAAGUUUGACUGGUUUUGGGUGUGGAUGGCCAUCAAGUCACCGCAGAUGUGUUUCUCGUUGUUCUUGCCGUCAAUCGUCGCCGGCAUGGGCUACACGUCAACCACAGCGCAGCUCUUUACCGUGCCACCCAACAUGGCCGGCUUCGUCGUGGUCAUUCUCACUGCUCACUUCUCUGACAAGGUCAAAAAUCGAGGCGGCUUCAUUGCUGCCGGCACUGUGGUUGGGAUAGCGGGUUAUGUGAUGCUCCUUGUAUCUGAGCAGAAUGCAGUCAAGUAUGCCGGCACAUUUCUGAUUGCUAUGGGGGUGUUUCAAGCUUCACCUAUGCUGAUGGUAGGUGUUGGCAUUUGGCCAGAUCUUCGGAUGAUGCUAACUUGGUUUCCAGGGGUGGGUUGCCAACAACCUGGCUCCUCACUACGUCAGGGCAGUGGGAGUGGGCAUUGUGAUAUCCAUCGCCAAUUGCUCGGCAUUCAUUGGAACGUUUAUCUACUUGCAACGAGAUGCGUAUGUCACCCGCGGCCAAAAUACGCCCUGGGCCAUUCCAUCAGUCUUGGUGCCUUGGUCAUCACACUCUUCCUGACGGGCCUUCAGGUGGCAUAUCUCAGUUGGGAGAACAGAAAGCGUGAUAGCGGAGAAAGAGACGUUCGAUUGGUGGAAGGCAGUGUGCAUCGGCUCGGGCAUCGUCAUCCUGCUUUUCGCUACACACUGUAA